UACCAGGGCGGCUUCGAGAAGCCGGCUUGGUAUUCGGUCUUUGACAACUACGGGUACGGUGCACAGAUUCCCCAUAGCGAUCCCGAGCUCUCUCUACUCACAAGACUUCCGCACCCAAAAGCGUUCCGUGCAUGUUCUCGGCCCGUCCCGCUCCGGAGCAUUCGGCCCGCAAGCGGCUCAUCUCGCAUGUGUACUCCAAGUCUUACAUCCAGUCGAGCACGGCUGCAGCGGCCCAGUCGCAGACAAUCAUUUUCGAUAGAUUCCUACCAAUUAUCGAGGCCUCGGUCGCCGAGUCCCAGAAGCCCCAUGGUGUCGACAUCUACUCAAUCUUCAUGGCAGCAACUAUGGACUUCAUCGCGGCGUACAUCUUCGGCCUUGGCAAGGGUACUAAUUUUCUCGGCAACAAGGCCUAUCGUGAACAUUUUCUCGAGCUGUACAGGGCUCGCAACGACUACGGGUACUAUGAUCAAGAGAUGCCCCGGCUCACCAAGUUUUGCCGGAGGGUUGGUAUCCCAUUGUGCCCCAAGUGGGUAGAUGGUGCCAACAAGGAGCUGGGCGAGUGGUGCCUGGGCUUAUGUGCCAAAAUGGGUCAUGUUUUUGACUCGGAUUGCCCUUCUCAAGCUGAGCCUCCGGAUCAGCCUACCGUGUGGGAUGCUCUGGUCGGUGGCCUGCGCAAAGAAGCGGCGAGAAAUGGACAGGCUUCCGUGUUGUACCCUACGGCGCUGUCGAACCGUGAGCUCUCGGUCGCCUCCGAGCUCUUCGACCAUGUCCUAGCCGGCCAGGAGACAGCCGGCUUGACGCUGUCGUACCUGUGCUGGCGGCUGUCCCAAUCGUUGGAACUCCAGGCACAGCUCAGAGCCGAACUUUUGAGCCUCUCGCCCAACAUGCAACUGGACGGGAAUGGCACGCCCUCCGUGCCAGACCCCAAGCAGCUGGACAGCCUACCGCUGCUGCACGCCGUCCUCAUGGAGACCCUACGCCGCCACCCACCAAUACCCGGCGCACAACCGCGCCAGACGCCAGAUUCGGGCUGUCGGAUUGGACCGUAUGCUGUUCCCGGGGGUGUCAGAGUGGCCGCGUCGGCAUACGCGCUGCACCGCGACGAAGCAAUCUUCCCCGAACCGGAGAAAUGGGAUCACACCCGGUGGCUCCCCUGGGCAGCCGAUGAGAGUCAGCUGAAGGAGCGUAACCGACAGUUCUGGGCGUUCAGUUCGGGGGGUCGGAUGUGCAUCGGAUCGAACUUUGCUAUGCAUCAGAUGAAACUCAUGAUUGCCGCCAUCUACUCAAACUACACGACUCAUAUCGUGGAUGACGAAGGUAUGGAACGUCAGUCGGACGGGUACACUGGGCGACCAGAACACGAACAGUUGUUCUUGCGGUUUGAAAAGGUUGGUUAACGGUUACUAUACCCGAGUCAAUGUUUGACCCUGCCGAAACCUGGUCCCCGAGAGGCUCGGCCGUUAUUGAUUGGGGAGC